GCGUGCAUAUAUGCUCCCGCUCGUCGCGUGGCGAGAACAUAUAGAAGCUCGCCGCUCUGCGCAUGCUCUCUGGCUGUCGGCCGUCGCGGAUACCACUCACCACUGUACUCGUCUAAACGCUCCAGCACCGGGCUUCGUCGGCUCCCAAGGUCAACCAUGCACGCGCCGCUGCUGGUAAUAGCGGUUCUUUACACUAUCGCCCUGUCGCACUCAUCAGCUCAUGUCGAAUGGAGGGAUUUCAUGAGUUGCCUGCAACGGAGAUUCGGCCGGAGUUUCUUCCAGGAGCAACAUGCAGACUGCGCCGCCCGCAAGUUAUUCGUGAACUACAGGCGAUCGAUGUACUGCCAUAAUUGCAACGCCUACUUCCACUGCCAGGGCAACUACGAGGCAAUCUACGACUGUCAGCGCGACGGCCGUGCCCAGGAGGUGGCCGAGGCGUUCAGUGACUGCCGCGAGCAUUUGGAAGGCGCCGGCUCAGACAACCUCGUAUACAACGAGAUCGACUUGUACGGCCGCCAGGGAGGAAACUGCACGCAGGCCUACCUCGUCGAUAACCCCCGCUGCCACUACAUCCCCGCCACCGUGGUGUGCAACAACACGCGCAUCGAGCCAGAGUCCUUCGAAGAGGACGAGCCCUGAUCCACCUGAAUGAAUGAAUGAGUGAAUAAACCUUUAUUUGACACAGUGA